CGUCCAGGGAGCUGCGCCGUCCGCCCGUCCGUCCGCCCGCAGGCACUGUUGGAGCCGCCGGAGCCGCGGGGGCGUCGCGGCCGACCCCAGGAUGCUCCCCUGCGCCUCCUGCCUCCCUGGGUCUCUGCUGCUGUGGGCGCUGCUGCUGCUGCUCUUGGGGGCAGCGUCACCGCAGGACUCCGAGGAACCGGACAGCUACACGGAAUGCACCGAUGGCUACGAGUGGGACCCAGACAGCCAGCACUGCCGGGAUGUGAAUGAGUGCCUGACCAUCCCUGAGGCCUGCAAGGGGGAGAUGAAGUGCAUCAAUCACUACGGGGGCUACCUGUGUCUGCCGCGCUCGGCUGCUGUCAUCAACGACCUGCACGGCGAGGGCCCCCCGCCGCCUGUGCCCCCCGCUCAGCACCCCAACUCCUGCCCGCCAGGCUAUGAGCCCGACGAACAGGGGAGCUGCGUGGAUGUGGACGAGUGUGCCCAGGCCUUGCACGACUGUCGGCCCAGCCAGGACUGCCACAACCUGCCUGGCUCUUACGAGUGCACCUGCCCGGAUGGCUACCGCAAGAUUGGGCCGGAGUGUGUGGACGUUGACGAGUGCCGCUACCGCUACUGCCAGCACCGUUGUGUGAACCUGCCCGGCUCCUUCCGCUGCCAGUGUGAACCGGGCUUCCAGCUGGGGCCCAACAACCGCUCCUGUGUGGACUGCUCCUCUGCUUUUGUCCCGGCACCCCCAGAUGUGAACGAGUGCGACAUGGGCGCCCCGUGUGAGCAGCGCUGCUUCAACUCCUACGGGACCUUCCUGUGUCGCUGCCACCAGGGCUACGAGCUGCACCGUGACGGCUUCUCCUGCAGCGAUAUCGACGAGUGCAGCUACUCCAGCUACCUCUGCCAGUACCGCUGUGUCAACGAGCCGGGACGCUUCUCCUGCCACUGCCCACAGGGCUACCAGCUGAUGGCCUCACGCCUCUGCCAAGACAUCGAUGAGUGUGAGUCUGGUGCACACCAGUGCUCUGAGGCCCAAACCUGUGUUAACUUCCACGGGGGUUACCGCUGCGUGGACACGAACCGCUGCGUGGAGCCCUAUGUGCAGGUGUCUGACAACCGCUGCCUCUGUCCGGCUUCCAAUCCCCUGUGCCGAGAGCAGCCCUCGUCCAUCGUGCACCGCUACAUGAGCAUCACCUCCGAGCGGAGCGUCCCUGCCGACGUGUUCCAGAUCCAGGCCACGUCCGUCUACCCCGGCGCCUACAAUGCCUUCCAGAUCCGUGCCGGGAACUCACAGGGAGACUUCUACAUCAGGCAAAUCAACAAUGUCAGCGCCAUGUUGGUCCUUGCCCGGCCGGUGACAGGCCCCCGGGAGUACGUGCUGGACCUGGAGAUGGUCACCAUGAACUCCCUCAUGAGCUACCGGGCCAGCUCCGUGCUGAGACUCACCGUCUUCGUGGGGGCCUACGCCUUCUGAGGGGCGGGUGGGGGCCGCGGGGUGACUGAAGAUGCUGUUGUGAGGGGCAGACAGGGACAGGCAAUAAAGGGAGCAAGAAGGAGCCCUGCUGGCCGAGGCCGCCGGGGAGGGGGCAGGGCUGCCCCCCACCCAGAGGGAAGGAGGGGAAUGUGCAGACUUUGAGCGUUAGGCCUGGCUGGCCCCCUGCAGGGGACCCGAGGAACCCCCCGCGACGGACAGCGCCACAGGCCCAGUCCCAGCUCUAGGCCAGGCCUCUGGACAGCCCUCGCCACUCCCUGGGCCUGUGUUCUAAGUUAUAAAGAAGGCAACUGCUUGCUGUGGUCUUCCACUCUUCU